AAAAACAUUUUCUUCCAUUUUCUCUUCUUCUCUGUCUUUCUGAUUCUGCAGACAAACAUCACCGAAUAACAAAUAAAAAACCCCCCCAAAAAAUUACAUAAAAAAAAUCCUCCUGAAAAUAGCAACCCUAGUUCAUUGUCCUUCCAUUUCUACUUCAAUGGAGUCACUUUCACGGCCUUUACACAGAAGAAAGCUUUCGAGUGCUAAUGGCUAUUCAUUUUCAGCUAAACAACAUCCGUACGACGACGUUUUUGCACAGCAAAAGUUCGGAGCUCCGGUUUUUUCUUCCGGAGCUCCAGAUUACUCUGAGAUUUUCGGAGGUUCUCGUGGUUCGUCGAUUCCGGUACUUGAUCUUUCUGGUCUAGAUGAUGGUAAGGUUUCCGAUGAUUGUCGAAGCUCCUCCUCAAAACUUGAUUAUUCCAACAUUUUUGGUGGUUUUUGUGAAGAAGAUAUUGCUGUGCCUUAUGAUGAGUUAUUUUCUGGUGCUAAACGUGGUAAACGUUCUUCUGGUAAAACUCGGACUGCUUCUGAAGGAUCAGAUCAAUUUAGUCCAAGUGGAAAGCAUAAAGAGUCCUCAUGUGAAGCGACUAAUCAAUCUAUUGAUGGGCCAAAGCACUUCAACCUAUCUUAUCAUAAGACCGGCCAAAGAGGCAAAGAUGGUCCAAAUGGGAUGACGCAGGUAGCUCAACUGCAUGCUGUCCCUGGUUUUACGUAUUUUAUAGAUGAAAGUUCUCAUUUACCAAAGACUGAAGCCUUUCAGCGAGCACCCUUUGUAAAAAGUGAUGUACAGUGCAACAGGAGUUUUAGUGGGGAAAUAUUUAAAGAAGGACGUGAUAGGGUGGGGGAGUUGCAUGUCCCAAAGAUACAACGUUCAGAUGAAGUACCUCGCAACAGGAGUUUUAGUGGGGAAAUAUUUAAAGGAGGGCGUGAUAGGAUGGGGGAUUUGCAUGUCCCAAAGGCACAAAGUUCAGAUGAAGUACGUCGCAAUAGGAGCUUUAGUGGGGAAAUAGGUAAAGAGGGGCAUGCUAGGACUGGGGAUUUGCAUGUCCCCAAGAAACAAAGUUCAGAUGGACAUCGCAACAGGCGCUUAAGUGGGGAAAUAUUUAAAGAAGGCUGGGAUAAGAAUGCGGACUUGCAUGUCCCCAAGAAACAAAGUUCAGGUGAAGCACAUCACGACGGGAACUUUAGUGGGGAAUUAUUUAAUGGGCGUGAUAGAAAGGAGAAUUUGCAUAUCCCCAAGAAACAAAGUUCAGAUGGCGUAGUGAAGGUUACAAGUGGAUCUAGCUGGGAUGCGUUCCAUUUUAAUGAUAAGUUUUAUAGUGCACAUGAUGAAUUUGAGAGGAGGUCAAGUUCCACUGAAGGGGCAUCAACUUCAAGCCCCAUGGCUAACGACAUCAAGGGUCAGCCUAAUCAAUCAAAAAUUUCAGGUCCUGAUCCCAAAUAUGUAGCAUCUGGAAGGGGUAUUCAUCCCACCAAUACUUCACCUACUUCUUCUGAUGAGGAACUUGAUGCAAAUUCAGCAGCUGCUGUUUCUGCUGCCACAUUGAAAAAAGCCAUAGAGAAGGCUCAAGAAAGUAUUAGACUAGCAAAAGAGUUAAUGGAGAGAAAAAAAGAAGGUGUUCCAGCUUCUCUGAAACGAAGGUCUAAAGGUAGCUUAAAAUCUAAAGAUAAUAGGGUUGAGUGCAACACAAGAAGUAACAGGGAAAAUACUAUGGAAUUGCAUAGAAAAAUAGGUAUUGGAUUGCCACCAUUCACUGAGGUGUGCAGGGGAAUCCCAUCAAGUAAUGGUGAUUUUGCUUCAUUCUUCAAUCUUAAAGAACAGCAAUGGGUUGCUGGAACGGUUAAGCAGAAUACCCAGACUGAAAAUGCUGAAGCAUCUCAAGGAGAUGUAGCAGGAACUUGGUUUCCGGAAGUGGUAAGCAGUAGAAAAGAGAAUAUAGAAACCAUGGCAUCUGAGCUUGGUGAAGGACCUGAUUACGUCAAACCAAUGGGGGAAAUACUAAACGUUCUUGGGAAGGCAGAAGCUCCAGAGCAAUUCAAGGAUACUUCUAAUUCAGCUUUGAUGCAUGAUUCUGAAGAAUAUGUAAAUUCAGAAGUCAUCAAUGGCUUUUCUAAGGGGAACGGAAAUUGUUCUGCUGAGUUGAAGAAGUCUGAAUACAUGAAGAACAAUCUAGAGUCAAUAUUUCAUGAGAUGUGGAGUUUCAAGAACUUGCAGAACUCUCAGGAGCCACUUACUGAGGAAAAAGUUGGGUUCCAAGAAACUGAGAAUGAUAAUCUACAUAACAACAGAGAGACACCUCCAGAAAACGAGACAGUGAAGCAUGAAGACUUGGAAUGCAGAAUAGUGCCUAAUAAGUUAGAAAAUGUUUAUGAGGUGGAAGAAAACAAAAGCAGAUUGAGGAGGAGCUCCAAUGAAGAAGAAACUGAGAUUAUGCAUAAGGAAGCCUUCCUAUGGGUAGAAAAUGAUGAGAAGCCCCAACAUGACUGCGGGAGAGUAGGCAUUGAGAGUAGACCAGAAGAUUUUCAACGUGGCCAACACGCUGAGAAGUGGUCAUAUGGGGUUCAUGAGCUUGAGCCGAGUGACAAGAAAACCCCUUACUGUCAUGAAGUGGAAGAAAGUGAGAGAAAACGAGAAGGAUCUGAGAUGGAAGGACUUCAGAAGAUAUCUGUAGAGCCUUGUCAGUAUGAAGCAACUGAAGAAAUAGAGAACCGAGCAGCUAAAUUCACAGAGAGUAAAAAGACUGAAGCAAGUCAGGAGGCUGAAGAAGCUGAUAGUAGGCUGGGAGCAUCUGAUAAGAGUGAGGAUGAUCAGGAGACAAGUGUGGCUCCAGGUGUUGCUGAUAAACAAAAUUCAAGGAGUGCUGUUAAUGAGCCUGAUCUCAAUGGCAGUCCUUGUUCAAGUGAGAUACAAGAAGCUUGUGAAAAUCAACUAGAGAAUAAUGAUGUUGAAAUAAGUCAGCAGGCAGUUAAUUUUGAAAGGGUACAUGGAAUUUCUGAAGCCAUCUAUGAGCGUGAGUGUCAGAAGGAUGGAGUAACUGACGAAUCAUCCAAUUCUUGGGAAAAGGAGAUAUUGGAAACUGCUAGUGGUCUCCAAAAUUCUAGUGAAGAGGAUACCUCUGAGGGCAUAGUGCAAGACACUUAUGCGGCCUCAUCUGAGGAUGUCAAGGAAGUGAAUUGUGGUUCCACUUGCAUGAACGGUGCGGACAAUCUUCCCAGUGAACGAGUGAUUUUUGAGACAGAGAGCUUCCGCAAUGUGAUUCAGGAGAAUGUCAGUGAUACUGAAUCACAUUUUGUACCUGAGGUCCACGCUUCUGAAGAAUCAGAGAAUACCACUUUUACUGACAUAAACCUUGAGCAUAAAUGCAUGGACGAGACAGGUAGGGACCCAGAAUUAUACUCAAAUCUAGAUGAGGGGGAUGGCUUGUGUGUCCCUGGACAUGUAGGAAAUGAGGAAUCAAUCAAGGGGGAUGGUAUUGCUGCUGACCAGGUCGAGAUAAACAAAGAUAUUGAAGCAGCUCUGGGAGAACACAAGUCUGUUGAGAACUCAGAAGAACUAGAAUGUUCUUCCUCAGCUUGUGACUGCAAAGACAAUGAACCACUGGACAAUGAUGAAAAGAUAAAAGCCGAAAUGCACGAGGAAGAGAGCAAUCAAAAAACUGUUGUAGAAGAGGAGACCAAAGAGUCUUCGCAAAAAGAAGCGGAGGAUAAAAAUAAUAGUAAAAGAACCCAGGUAGACGAGAGACAAAAAGAAAGGGAAAAAGACAGAAUAGCUGUGGAAAGAGCAAUUCGUGAGGCUCGUGAGAGGGCAUUUGCUGAAGCCCGAGAAAGGGCUGAACGAGCUGCUGUGGAGAGAGCAACUGCUGAAGUUCGACAAAGAGUAAUGGCUGAGGCACGAGAUAAGCGUGAGAAGGCUUCUGCAAGUAGCAAGGUAUCAACGGACAAAGCUUCCAUUGAAGCCAAGCUUAAAGCAGAGCGAGCUGCUGUGGAGAGAGCAACUGCAGAAGCCCGUGAACGUGCUUUGGAAAAAGCUUUAUCACUAAAGGGCACAGCUGAAUUAAGGUCUCAAGCAGAUAGACACGGUGUUGAACGAUUUGCUACUGUGACCCGAGAGAACGGGUUGAAGCAUAGCCUUUCCUCUUCUGAUUUGGACAAUUUUGAUGGAAGUAAUAGUGAAUCAGCUCAAAGACGCAAAGCAAGGUUGGAGAGGCACCAGAGGAUAAUGGAAAGAGCAGCAAAUGCCCUUGCGGAGAAGAAUAAGCGUGAUCUUCUGGCUCAGAAAGAGCAAACUGAGAGAAAUAGAUUAGCUGAAGCUCUUGACGCUGAUAUUAAAAGAUGGGCCAGCGGGAAGGAAGGGAACCUACGUGCACUGCUUUCUACUCUGCAAUAUAUCCUUGGAUCCGAUAGUGGUUGGCAACCCAUCUCGCUGACUGAAAUUAUUACAACUGCUGCGGUGAAGAAGGCUUACAGGAAAGCAACUCUUUAUGUUCACCCUGAUAAGUUGCAGCAAAGAGGAGCGAGUAUUCAGCAAAAAUACAUCUGUGAAAAGGUUUUUGAUCUUCUCAAGGCCGCAUGGAACAGGUUCAACUCAGAAGAGAGGUGAACAGUACCAGUGGAAAUUCUGUGGUAUGAGCAGGUGCUCCGUGCUGUCCUAAUAUUGGCAAUCAACUUUUCAAGAUGGAAGAUGAGGAAUGAAUUAAGGGUGCCUUAAUUUUGUCUUGUAUAUACAUUGAACUAUCGGCAAUCUAAUUAAAAGACAAUUGAACAAUAGCUCCUCAGUUUGGAAACUCAGGCUGAAAUGAUUAAUUUACACAAUGUGCAAAUGCAAGGUAAAUUAGGUGUAAAGAGGUGAUUGUCCUAAGUUCGGGUACGAAGGGUUCAGCUGAAAUAGUAUUUUUUUUACUGCAAGAUGCCACAGGAUUGUAUAAGAUAUCUCUUGAGAGAUCUUUUUAAGCUGUUGUGAUCAA